ACUCAGUCACGUAGUUGGUCUCUCGGCAUGAACUUGGAGAGGCUGCGGUACGGGCGACUGCCGCUCGACGGGGCGGACGACGUGCCGGUGGCGGGGUCUCCCCCGGGCCCCGCCGACGAGCAGGCCCUCCUCUGGGGGUCGCCGCCCCUCGUCCUGCUGACCCCGAGCCCCGACGAGGACUCCGCCGCGCUGGACGAGCUGCUGCUGCAGCCUGUCGCCGGCCAGGGCGUCAUCGCGCAAGGGGCGGAGAAGGGCGGAGCGGCGGAGCUGCGAGACCCGUACCGCAAGAGGCGGCGCUGGUGGAAGAGGGCGCGGCUGUCGCAGCAGAGCGCCUCCAGCCAGGGCGGGCCCCAGAGGAGGCAGCACCGCCGCCGGGAGCGGCUCAACACAGAGCUGCUGGUGGCUGUGGCGGCGGGCCACGUCAAGGAGGCGGACAGGUGCCUGCGGCAGGGCUCCAGCCCCAAUGCCUCCUGCGCGCCCACCUGGACCUCCGCGAGCCACGUAGCGGCACUGAUGGGUCGCGCAGACAUCCUGGGCCUGCUGCUGGAAAAGGGUGCCGACCCGCUGCAGAGGCUGCGUGACGGGGCUUCUCUGCUGCACCUCGCCGCGUGGGGCGGCGGCGCCGAGUGCGUGGAACUGGUGGCGCGGGCCGCCCCGCAGCUGGUCAGCUGCCCUGUGAAGGCGGGCACCAGCCGGCUGCUGGACGAGUGGCGCGACUCGUGCCAGCACGACCACGUCUCCGUCAGUGACAUGCACGACCACGUCUCCCUCAAUGACAUGGUGAGCACGUGCACUUGGCCCUUUGUCCCUGCCCGCUGCUGGACGAGUGGCGCGACUCGUGCCAGCACGACCACGUCUCCCUCAGUGACAUGCCGGCUGCUGGACGAGUGGCGCGACUCGUGCCAGCACGACCACGUCUCCCUCAGUGACAUGGUGAGCACGUGCACUUGGCCCUUUGUCCCAGCCCGCUGCUGGACGAGUGGUGCGACUCGUGCCAGCACGACCACGUCUCCGUCAGUGACAUGCCGGCUGCUGGACGAGUGGCGCGACUCGUGCCAGCACGACUACGUCUCCCUCAGUGACAUGGUGAGCACGUGCACUUGGCCCUUUGUCCCGGCCCGCUGCUGGACGAGUGGCGCGACUCGUGCCAGCACGACCACGUCUCCGUCAGUGACAUGCCGGCUGCUGGACGAGUGGCGCGACUCGUGCCAGCACGACCACGUCUCCCUCAGUGACAUGGUGAGCACGUGCACUUGGCCCUUUGUCCCAGCCCGCUGCUGGACGAGUGGUGCGACUCGUGCCAGCACGACCACGUCUCCGUCAGUGACAUGCCGGCUGCUGGACGAGUGGCGCGACUCGUGCCAGCACGACCACGUCUCCCUCAGUGACAUGUGGUGCGACUCGUGCCAGCACGACCACGUCUCCGUCAGUGACAUGCUGCCGACGCUGCACAAGGAGAGCACGCCGCUGCACGUGGCCAGCCAGAGAGCGAACGCCGACGCCCUGGAGGUCCUCCUGAGUCACGGCGCGGACGUGGCGGCGGCCGACGAAGACGGCCUCUCGCCGCUGGACGUGGUCGGCGAGACCUUGUCCGCGGACAGCCAUCAGAGGGCCGGGCUGGGCGCCUCGAUCCGCGCGCUCCUGGCGGCCGGCGGGUGGACCUCGCUGGGCGAGGAGGAGGAGGAGCAGCUGGGUGAGGGGGCAGCGGGCGCCAGGCAGCAUAGGACGACAGCCGUGCACUCGGCGGUGAGGCUGCGCGACCCAGAGGCACUGGAGCUGCUGGCGGGCGCCGAGGUGUCGCCGCUGGCCCUCGACCUGCACGGCUUCACGCCGGUGCACCUCGCAGUCUCCGAGCAGCUGGGCGACAGCCUCAAGGUGCUGCUGCAGGCGUACGAGAGCCGCGGCGCGACCAUCGUGGACCUGCCGGACAUCCGCGGCCGCACGGCGCUGCACCAGGCCGUGGCCUCGGGCUGGCUGGAGGGCGUGUGCAUCCUGCUGGAGGCGGGCGCUGACGUGUCCGUCCAGGAGGGCGCCAUGGGGCUGACGGCCGUGCACAUGGCGGCGGAGCGCGCCCGGCCCGACAUCCUGCGGGAGUUCAUCGCCAUGGACGACAUCGACGUGUCGACGCUGAACGCCGCGGACAAGGCCGGGGACACACCCCUGGCGCUCGCCGUCGAGAGCCGCAGCCUGCCCUGCGUCAGACUGCUGCUGGAGGAGGGCGCCGACGUCUCCCGGCCAGUCGCCGACGACUGCACCGUGCUGCACCUCGCGGCCAAGUACGACGAGCCGGACAUCCUGGAGGAGCUGCUCAAGGGAGCGAGCACGGCCGGGCCGGCGCUGCUGGCGGCGACUGCAGGGCGCACCGGCGAGACGGCGCUGCACCUGGCGGCGCGCGCGGGCCACCUGCGCUGCUGCGAGCUGCUGCUGCACGCCGGCGGGGACCCGGGGCUGGCCUCGGGCCCGCAGAGGCGAGACACGCCGCUGCACCUGGCGGCCGCCGCGGGACACUGCGAGGUGGCGCGCCUGCUGCUCCAGGCCCGCCCCGCGGCGCUCGAGCUGGAGGACUCCUCGGGCCGCACCCCGCUGCUGCUGGCCUGCCUCGCCGGGCGCAGGGAGUGCGCGCGCCUGCUCGUGGCCGCCGGCGCCGACCUGUCGGCCGACUGCCGCGAGGGCGACGGCCAGCGCGUCGUCACCGCCAUGGACCUGCUGUUCAGCAAGACGCCUCGGCCGGUGGACCUCCUGCGAGACCUCUUCGACGCCGCAGUGUCCGUCAACGACUACCCCCCCGACGACCACCGCUGCGAGGUGAGCCUCGACUUCUCGGUGCUGACGCCCAGCGGCAAGCACGUGGGGCAGAUGAAGGUGCUGGACGCCUUCGUCAACACGGGCAACACCUACCGCCAGCACGAGCUCCUGCUGCACCCCUUGGUGAAGAGCUUCCUGUUCCUCAAGUGGCGUCGCCUCAGCGCCAUGUUCUACGCCAUCCUCGCAGACUUCGCCGCGUUCGUGCUGGCCUUGACAGCGCUGUGCUGCGACCUCUACCUGCUGCCCGAUCGCGGGCGGGACCCCGUCUUCGACGUCGGUGCCGCCGUCUGGAGGACUUUAACCUUCCUGUUCCUCGGUGUCUUCGUUUUGCAGGAAGUGGCCCACGCCGUCUGCUUCCCGCGGUUCUACCUGCGCGAGCUGGAGUCGUGGCUCAAGUGGGCGUGCUUCACGCUGGCCGCCGUCACCGCCUCCGUCCAGAAGGACGACGGCCACGGCUGGCGCCGCGACCUGGCCGCCGUGUCCGUGCUGCUGGCCUGGACGGAGCUCAUGUUCCUGCUGUCGCGGCUGCCCAACCUCGGCUAUUUCGUGCUCAUGUUCUUCAAGGUCACCACCAACAUGUGCAAGGUGCUUCUGACAUUCGCGUUCAUCUUCCUGGGCUUCACGCUGAGCUUCAUGAUCCUGUUCCGCAACGAGGAGCCCUUCACCUCGCCGUUCCGCGCGCUCGCCAAGGUCGUCGUGAUGAUGACGGGCGAGCUGGAGUACUCGGACGUCUUCGGCGGCGAGGAGGUUGCGGCGAGGGCUUGCGCGCGGCUCGUCUUCCUAACGUUCGCGAUCCUGGUGGGCGUGGUGCUGAUGAACCUCAUGGUGGGGCUGGCCGUCAGCGACAUCGGCGUGCUGGAGAGCAAGGGGCUGAUCGGCCGGCUGCGCAAGCAGGUGGACUUCCUGCGCAUGCUCGAGUACUUCCUGUACAGCGAGCGGUGCCUGAGGUGCCUGCCAGGGGCGGUCGUCGGGAAGGUGACCGAGCUGAGGAAGGUGAAGGAGGUGUGCAGGAUCUACCCGGGCAGGACGGACGUCGACGUCACCCAGCACCUGUCGUCCAGGCUCCGGCACGAGGUGAUGUUCCACGUCUUCGAGAGGAAGCGCUGCGACGCCGAGUACACCCUCAAGGACGUCUACGAGAAGAUCUCCGACGUGCUGGAACCCCGCGCGACCCUCGACGACCCGAAACAUCGCGGGGUUUUUGAUGUCCUAGCCGAGAUCAAGGACGAUCUGGAGGAAAUACGGAAGGACCUGCCAGGUGGGAGUGUCCGACGGUUGUCCGCGGCGACGCCGAACAAGAUAGACACUCUCCUGACGAACGUGGACAGCAUAAGACUAACACUCAACGUCAUCUUGAACAAGCUCUCCAUUGAUCAUCACGUUGUUGAGGUAUCAUGAGCGAGAUUACUUGAUUGCCUUCGUAUUUUUUUAAAGAAAGAAUGGACUUUAAAAGACUA